UUUUUCUUUCUUUUUUUUUUUUUUUACCAAACUAAAAUGGUGUCUGGGCAUUUAUCAGCCCUCUUAAUGGAUUGGACCUCGGCAGUUACCGAAUUAAAUACGCUUACAGCUCACACACUACUUGAAAAGGAACCCGAGUUGUUAUGGACACCUAUACCCCAUAGUUUAGAUGAGACAGAUCAUCAAGAUCAACUUGCUCAUUUAAAUAAACUCGGCUCUUCUUUUCAACCCGUGAGUGCUAUACAAUUUACACUACUACACUACCGAGAUAUCAUAAAUCCAGUUCAAGAAAACCGAUUUAAAUUCUUAUGUUAUUUAAUUGAGCAAUCUUCUUUACAUGAUCUUGAUACCCGUUUUUGGGGCGAAUGCAAUAAUUCAACUUUACAUCUUGUUUGUUUCUUGGGAUUCGGACGCAUUCUUAAAAUUUUAAUUGAGAAAGGUGUGUCUGUCUCGCCUUCCAAUGAUUUAGGCUUUCUUCCGAAAGAUAUCACCACUUCAGAAUCCAUCCUUCACACGCUCUCCAUGACACUACCCAAACAACAACAACAACAGCAGCAACAACAGAACAAAAAAGAAAUGCUUCGUACCAAAUCAGUGCGUCCCAAUUACAGCACACCAGAUCGAUUCAAACUUUUACGAGAACUAGCGGAGGAAUCCAGCGUAGAUCAUAAAAAACAGAUCUCCGGUGGCAGUAGUAUCGAUCGAAAGCAAUCGGAAGGUCAUUAUUUUCGUAAAGGUAGAGUCAAGGAGACACAGCAAAAGGUCCUGAUUGAAGAAGACCUUCUUACCCGAACUGGUUCCAAACGUCAAUUAGAAGUCGCUCAAUUAGCAAAAAAAUCCGCCGUCAAGAAUAAUCCUCUUUGGAAAAAGAUGGAAAAACGUUCGUUUACGUCUCCUACGCCUUCUCCUUCCAAUUCCGCUUCUCUCAUCACAGACACUGUUGUUGAACCUGUUCAACAAACACCCCCUACCAGUAUCCAUACGAAUACGGAUGAACAAACACCCAAAAGAAAUUCAAAGGUCAUCUUGUCUCUCCAAACAAAAUCUUAUGUCUCUUCCAGUAUUUUCGUACAGGCUGAUGAAGAUAGUGUCAUCAUUCCUCCGAUCCCAACCAUUUCCUUAGAAACUCCAAAAGACGAUGCACCUUGUGUGACCGUCCUAGAUUCGAGCGGCAACGGAACACAAGGUACUCCCACCCCAUUAUUCAGUAACGAACCUACUGAACUAGAACAUGAGGAAAAAAGUCUUAAACAAUCCAGCAGCGAUGAAGAAGAAUCUUACUUUGAAUCCAUCGAAGCUGACCCUCCCACUUCAAACUCACCUCAACCUUACGAUAAAGAAGAAGAGAAGCAAGAGACAAGUAGCGAUGAUGAAGAAUAUUCAGAUGAUGACAAUGAUUAUGAAGAGGGAACACCUGUCCAAUUCGCUACACGUAUGGUCUCUCCCAUCUAUAAAUCCGUUGUCAUCAUGAACGACGAUUCGACUACAGUCAAACAGGAGAUGAAUUACUUUACAAACACGACCGAUAAAAUAUCCGAAGAUCAUCAGCCUUUAGUCGUCAACGUGGAGAAAUACAUACCCACAGAAGAAGAUUUAUCUCUGCUUUCUACAACCCCAGAACAAGAUGAAAAUCUCUUUAAUUUUGUGCAACAUUCUACUCCUCCUCCUCCAGUGCGACCUCAAAGAUCGGAUCUCCGCAGAGGUAGCAGUAACAGCACUAUCUCCUCCUCAACAUCAGUAAAAUCACCGUCUGUCCCUCAAUUACCAUCAUUGCCAUCACCACCAAUGGUAAUAGCUGAAUCACAUAAUGAUGAACAGACGUCCAAUGUUCAAUCUCCCAUCGUCCAUGAUGUAUAUACCAACAACGAUCCCUCCUCCAUGAUGAUGGACAAAUCACCUCUUUUGGACAACGUGAAGGAUAAAAAAAGAAUGAGCGGAAGCCAAAAAGCUGCGUGGACAAUGAGCAUGAGCUCAUGGGCUGCCAUUUUAGAUAGAGAAUUUAACUUGGACGAGUUACAAAAGCAGCAACAAUUAGAAUCAGCAGCAGCAGCAGCAAUAGAAAAGGAUGAACAGACACAAAAGGCAACUUUACGCUCUACAGAGUCUAUGAGCCCAAACAAACCUAGACAAUCCACAACGAGACGAUCCAUUGACACAAGGCAAUCCAUCGAUACGAGACAGUCCAUCGAUACGAGACAGUCCAUCGAUACAAGACAAUCACUGUCCGUCAGACAAUCCACAGCGGCCAGACAUUCCACAGCCACCAUUGAUUACAUCGGAAGUGGAAAAUUGCAAUUAUCGGACGAAGAAAUGGAUUCAAUGAUGCUUCGCCAUGGUUACAGUACAACCGCUGUAGACAACGUGUCGCCCAUUCGUUCCAGUAGUAUGAUUUCAUUAUCAUUCAAUGAUUUUGAAAUACCUGCUAUUCCUACACCUGCGACCAACCAUACCUACCACCACCCUAGUCCUAAAUCCACCUCAUCAUCCCAUCCUCAUCCUCAUCUUACCGAACUUCCUCGACUCAACACAUCCAAUUUAACCGUAUCUCGAAAGCCUAUUGUUGCUUCAUCUUCCGAAGCCAGUCUUACUCAAAAGAAUAUAUCCCCCAAAAAAAAAGUCAAUGCCGCGAUACCCGCCAUCAAUUUAGAACAAAAGAAGAUGUCGAAGCAUGGCAAAUUAUACCUUCACGUGAAUGGGAUCCAAGAUAUCCUCUUACCUUUACCCAAGGACCGUGCCUAUGUACGUUGUGUGGUGAGCGAUGGACGAUUUGAAUACAUGUCUCGGUACGAAGUGCUGACACAGAGUAUUAAUUUCGAUUAUGAAUGUGUGAUUGAUACCCACCCAGAUAUGAUCAUUACCAUCUCGCUUCAUGUACGACCUGAUUAUGUCAUGAAAUCAAGAACGCCAUUCUCUCGAUUGUUUUCGUCCAAGAAGAAGAAGGAAUCGUUGUCGGGGUAUGUGAAUAAGGAAGAUGGAGCUAUUGGUCAGGCACGCUUUGCUUUGGCUCACAUGUUGCCAGCAUGCACAGAAACAACCUAUCUUGCUGGAUUUCAUUGCUUUAAUGCAUGGUACUCACGAUCGUUUAAAGAACGACAUCGACAAAAGAAGAAGGACCCAGAUCACGAUGUUUUAAAGGUCGUGGGCAAUUUUGAUGUUGAAAUGCUGUAUCUACCAAUUACGGAUUUCCAAAAGCCUUUUCCUCGUAAUUUGCGGGAAUGUGAUAUGGCUAUCAAGCAACUUCAAAAGUCAGUUGAAGAAUCAUCCGAAAAAUACCUUACUUACUAAAUCUUUUUCGUUCUCUCUCUAUAUAUAUAUAUAAUAAUAAUAAACACGUUGUACCAUCUCUCUCUCUCUUUUUCCU